AUGCCACUGCAGAAUCGAAAAUCCCAAGGCACAGAACCACCGCCGCCGAGAAACGCGACAGGCCACCCGCUACCACGACGAGCUUCGCCAGGGAAUUCUGUGACCUUGAAGCACCACCAACUCGCCCGCGAUGCGUUUCUCAGAGCAAGCUCCGGUUCGUCGCCCGCGGCGAACCCAAGCAAUGUAACAAGUUCGCCGCGCCGUAAUUCCUCGGGGGAGAGUCACGAAACAGGCCAGAGUGACCCGAAAAAAUGGUUUGAUUUGUCAAACCAAAACCCAACUGCAACGUUUGACAACAAUGCCAUGGAUGUCGAUCCCCCGUUUUUCCAGAAAGAAUCAGAUGAGUCGAGUGGAGACAAAUCGUACCGGUUCCAACAUCCGCCGCCUCCACGACUUGCGACUGGCGAGAGUAGCAGCGCGGAUGACUACCGCAGCGUGAUUGAUGAUCUUACCGUCGAAAUCCAGAAGUUGAAGGAAGAGUUGAAGAGGUACAAGCAAAAAGGGCCCGAAAUGCUCCGGAAGGACAAGCUUUUUGAAAUCAAGUACCAUGGGCUUCCAAAGCGUAGGAGACGAGAGUUGGAAACCACGCUGCGUGACUUCGCGGCCAGCAUUCAAGGCUCUCCGGAUGCCUCGUCGUCCCAGCGGAAGAAGUCAUUGCGACACACCACUCGCGAUCACAUGUACUCGGCUUCGGGAUCCGCCUCCAAACACGCCUCUUCUUGUUCUGGCUCUAAUGUUAGACCAGUAGACUCUGCAUACGCCUCCAUGUCAAGCGGUGCCAAUUCUGCCGGAGUGUCGCUCGGCCGCCCAAGUGUGGGCUCGCGUGUCAUAUCUGACCAAAAGGUAGAGAAUUACCUGCGCGACAUUCCCGAGGGCUUUUACCCCCGCCACAUGGUUUUGACGGACAGGGACAGAAAACGGCUAGUGGUAAGACGCCUGGAACAAUUGUUUACUGGUAAAAUUGGGGGUCGACAUGCGCGUCGAGCCAGACAGAGACCAACCGAUGGUUCUGGCGAUGUGGAUGGGGUACCAGCCGAUGUUGACUCUCAAGGUCAACCCUAUGCAGCCAAACAGCAGUCCGCUCCCACUAUCAAUACCGCUGCCGCCAGCAAUCCAGAGCCGUCACGGGAGGCCAAGAUUUUACCCACGGAGCAACAGCAACAAGCCGGCCCAUCUUGCAAGAAGAGCCGAUCGCGAGGCAAUGGCUCCGCGUCCAACUCCAACGGCGAUCAGACGGAGUCUGGCGGCAAUGGGAACAGCAGUGGCUCAGGAACCAAUCCCUCGCCAACUCAACCGCCGGUCCCCGACCAGCGGCCCACACGUGUAAAGGAUUUGGACCCGGAUCGAACUCAAGUUCCCUCUGAAAAUAUGGAGUACAUUCGACACUUGGGCUUGGUUCCUCCCGAACUUAUAACAGAGUCGAGUCAAAAUAACCUAGAUGUCAAGCCGGAUGCCGAGGGUUGGGUAUAUUUGAACCUGCUGUGUAACAUGGCCCAGUUGCACAUUAUCAAUGUCACUCCAAGCUUCGUACGAUCCGCUGUCAACGAAAUCAGUACCAAGUUUCAGCUUUCACCCGAUGGUCGCAAGAUUCGUUGGCGGGGUGGUCAGGAUGGUACCAAGUUUUCUAGUGACAGCUCCAAUGAAAGUUCCCAGAGGAGCCCCGGCACAGAAGACUCUGACUCAGGCCAGCGCAAGAGGCAGAAGACUGGAAACCUGACAGCAGAUGACGUCCAGUCUGGUGGAAGUUCAAAAGGUCGCUCCAAGUUCGGUCCCCAAGUGUCUGCUUCGUCGGAUAGCUUUCAUUACAAGCCGCUCUUUGUCCACAGUGGUUCUCCUAACGGGGAGACGUCCCUGGACGAAACUCUGUCAUCCUUUGGGCCCAUUGACGAAAGCAAUAUAGACGAUUCGCGAUGGAACCUCAGUGGCUCCGGCACGUCGAAUCGUCGGAAGCGCCGCCAUGAUGGCGCUAUUAUCUACUACAGCGGCGCGCCGUUUUGCACUGAUCUUUCUGGCGAUCCUGGUGACACUUCUCCCGCAACGUACAUGUUGUCCAGCGGCCAAGAUCGCCAAGACUCCCAGGAGCAAUCUUCUCGCCCGAUGAUGUACCGAUCUACGUCUGGUUCGUGCCUGGGCUACCGUCCACUGGGCGAGAAGAAUCGCGGCGUUGACGCCAGUUUGAGCAUGGACGUUGACAACAGCGACAAUACUCCGGACCUCACGGGCGACUCGGAUUCCGAAUCAAGCUCUUCUGAUAUGGAGUUUCCAUGGUCCUGCGCACAACAGUUUAUUGAAGUGCACCCACUAGAACCUUGCGGUCUGGGUGGCGUCAUGCCAGAUGACCACUUCAUGGUGGUUGUUACCACGAAGCGGCCCACGACAGAAACUUCGGCGUCAGAUUACCAGUUGACAUUAGCAAGAAUGUCGGACGAAGCCACCGACUUCAUAAUUGGCCGAUUAGCAAGCAUGUCUACUUCAUCACCGGCCCCGCUUCCUACAAAUCUGCAAAACGCCCACCCCGUGGAAAUCGAAUACAUGUCGGGGAGGAUCAAGAGACUUGCUCCAGUGCCGCUGCCCCCACCAGUUAUUUUCCUCCCUCCGUUUAGUACGGACAUGUCAAGUUCUGGAGACGAUGAUUUCGGCUCCGAGGACGAUGACGACGCCCUCGAGUCCUCGGAAGAGCUGAUGAGCCGAGCUGUCAAUCCACAUCAGUCAGACGGCUACCCGGAUGGUGUGGAUUUGAGCAGUGGUGACGAAGACGGUGAAGAACCUGAUGAGGACGAUGCCGCUACCCGAAUAUAUGAUCGAAUGGACACGGAUGAAGGGCCGAAUUUCAAGCGUCCCACUGUGAGUGCCAAGCGGCCCUCGAUUAGCAGCGCGGAGGCUGCACCUGGAAGCGUUCGAUGCAGAAGCAAAAGCGCAAGUGCCGUAUUUCGAACGAGCGGCAGUUCAGCUGCAACCGCAGGCGGAUUGGAAAGCGGAUACAGCAGUAGCGACGAAGAGAGUUGA